ACCGUGGACAUCAAGCAAGAUGGGUUCAGAAAUUGACAUAACAUAAAAACUCUGCUAUAAUUUGAAUACAAAGUGUAUUAAAACCUUGAGAUAUGGAGUACUUCAAAAGUAGUUUGAAAUCAGUCUUAGGAGCCCCGUACCCAGACACUCAGCCCACGGGAGCAGACACGGUUGAAAGACUAGUAGACAGACUGCAAUCAUCCAGCCUCCUGGAUGAUAGAAGAGAUGCCUGCCGAGCCCUGAAAGCGCUCUCUCGAGCUUACAGAGUUGAGGUGGGCGCCCAAGGGAUGGACACCCUCAGACAAGUCCUUGAAAUGGAUAGGACAGAUUGUGAGAUAGUUGGAGUAGCUCUUGAUACAUUGUGCAACAUCACGAGUCCAGAAACGUUCGAUGAAGAAGUCGACAAGCACGGUCCUGACUCCAAGAUUGGCGAGCAAUUCACCGAGAUCUUCAUAAAACAACAAGACAGCGUGCCCCUCGUCCUGUCCUGCCUGGAAGACUUCGAUUUCCGGGUACGUUGGCCGGCUUUGAAACUGCUAACCCAUCUCCUCUCAAAUCGGCCGAAAGACAUCCAAGAAAUCAUUCUCGUUAGCAGAAUGGGCGUUUCCCGGUUGAUGGACCUACUCAUCGACACCCGCGAGGUCAUUCGUAAUGACGCCCUCCUUCUCCUAAUACAACUAACCAAAGGUAACGCGAAUAUUCAGAAAAUCGUGGCAUUUGAAAACGCCUUCGAUCGCAUCUUCGACGUGAUUGCCCAAGAGGAUGGCGUGGAAGGAGGUAUAGUCGUUGAGGACUGUCUUCUACUCAUGCUUAAUCUAAUUCGCAAUAAUGUGAGCAAUCAGAACUUUUUCAAGGAGGGCAGCUAUAUCCAAAGAUUGACUCCAAUGUUCCAACUUCCACCGGACUCCGAAGACACACCUUUAUCAGGUUGGAGUCCCCAGAAAGUAGCAAAUGUCCACUGCAUGGUGCAAGUGGUUCGAGCUCUGGUGGCCCCGAGUAACCAGACCCAAAUAGUUGCGGCCUGUCAGAAGAUAAUGCAUUGUUGUGGCCUCCUCCAGGCUCUCUGUGAUAUACUGAUGGCCUCUGGAGUUCCUGCAGAUGUUCUGACAGAAACAAUAAAUGCAGUGGCUGAGGUAAUCCGAGGAAACAUCACGAACCAGGAGUUUCUAGCUAGCGUCACGGCGCCUUGCAGCCCUCCACGACCAGCCAUAGUCGUUCUCCUGAUGUCAAUGGUCAACGAGAAACAACCUUUUGUUCUUAGAUGUGCAGUUCUCUACUGCUUCCAAUGCUUCUUGUAUAAAAACGAAGUGGGACAGACUCAGCUGGUGCAGACGUUAUUACCCCAGACCAACGAACUCCCUUCCCUGACGACAGGUCAGCUAUUGUGCGGAGGGUUAUUCUCCCCUGAUCCUUUGUCGAAUUGGUUUUCAGCUGUUGCUCUCUCGCAUGCAUUGAUCGAUAAUAUUAGCCAGAAAGAGCAGUUGUUGAGGGUUCUAUUAGCUACAAACAUUGGAAAACCACCGGUAACUCUGCUUCAGCAAUGCGUCAUGCUUCUUCAGCAAGGUAACAAACCCCAAUGCAAAUUAGGAUUACUGAUCCUUCUCUGCAGGUGGACUUCAAACUGCCCAACAGCUGUCAAAAAGUUCCUAGCUAUUGAUUCUUCAAUCGCUUACCUCACAGCUUUAUUGUCUUCUCAUGAGAAUAAUGAAGAUCUCCAUGAGAUACUGAUCCAGAGCAUAUGCGCUCUAUUAAUAGGCAUUUGUGUACAUUUCAAUGAAGAUGAUGUCCCUAAUUACAGUAAGGAAAAGCUAUGUGCACUGAUAGAAAACAGAAUCGGGCUCGAGAGGUUCCAAGACGCCAUUGGUGGGAUCUCAAGACACGAAAUUUAUUCAAGGACUCUUAAGCAUCCUCAACCCUCAGCGAAGACUUCAGGAGAUUUGCUGUUGGAUCAUGAGUUUUGCAGGCUGCUGAAGAAGAUCGAGGGGACCAUUUUAGAGACAGUGUUAAAAGGGUCACAUUCCAGUAAGGAUUUAAUUACGAGUCUCUCAUCGUCUGACUCCGCGCUAGUUUCGCAGUACAAGGAUGUGAUCAGAGAACAGGAUGUGCAAAUACAGAAUCUAAAGAUAAAAAAUGGGGUUUUCAUGAAGGAGAAGGGAGAGUUGGAGGAGAGGGUGAGGGAGUUGGAGGCAGAGGUAGGAAAUCUUAAGGACCAGAAUUUAAUUCUUCGAGCUGCUCAGAUUGAUACUCGAGAAAAUGGCAGAAAUGUAAAAGGGUUGAUGAAUCAUAAGGGAGAUGAGGAGGAGGUGGAAAGUUAUAGUAGGACCGUGAGAAAGCUCGAAGAGAGGCUUGCGGAGUAUGUCCUGAAGGUAAGAGAGAUUGAGGAAAGUGGAGAGAGGCGAAGGAAGGUGGAAAAGGAGCUGAAGGAAAGGACUGAAGAACUGGAGAAGGUCAAAAAAGAUCAGGAUGAUUUGCUAGAACUGCUGGCUGAUCAGGAUAAUAAAAUUAGUGUUUUUAAGGAGAGGCUGGUUGCUCUAGGAGAGAAAGUCGAAUCUGAAGAGAGCUCGGGGGAGAUUGAUACUGAUGAACAACCGGAAUCCAGUAAUUGAGAGGUUGAAAACAAUCUGCACAAUAGUUAAAUAUUAAUAUGAGUCUUGAACGUAGCAGUAAAGUGGUUUGAUGAGGGGAUUUUUCAAAGAUUCCUGAGUGAAUUUGGGAUCAUCUCGGUAGAAGAAAAUGGUUUAGAAGAAAACAUCAAAAGACCUUCAUUGCAACUGGUGAAAUUUCGAACGAACAUUGCCCUCUAACAUUCCCUAAAACAUUAUUAAUUUUCAUUUUAAAGUACUUCCUCAGUAUAUAAACACAAAAGAAUUUUUACCUAUAAAGGUAGGAAUAAUUUUGUGAUAUGGUAAAGACACAAAAUGUGGAUUUUUGGUUGUUUGGUACGUGAACACAAGUUACCAAAAUUUCAAAGGUUUUAAUUAUGUCACUUCUGAAAUAUGCUUCUUCCGACAUGGUGAAAAGAUGGAAAGUAAAUGUUUGACACUACAUGUCUAGGAAGCGGCGUUGUUGAUGUCCCUGAAGUUUUGAUAAUCAAUUUUCAACGUCUAUUGCGACAUUUUUAUUACCUAUAGACACGGAAAAAGUACCUCAAUAGAUGAGAAAAGGCCAUCGAUUCUUAAAAAAAUUCAAAUAAAUUUUUUCUUAAAAGUUAGAAGAAAUAGUUUAGUUAGUUUGCAAAACUAAUGUCAAUGUGGGUUUGAGAAAAAAUUUCUGAAUCUGUUUUUAUAGAUGAAAAUGAUUAAAUAUCCAUAAACAAAUGUCUUCUGUCAUUUUCUCCUAAAAAUAUUCGGUGUCGAGAUAAUUCAUCAAGUGAAGAAAAUUAAAUAGAUCAAGUUUCACAUUUUGUUGAUUUAAGACCUGGGUGGAUUAUCUUUCGAACGUGAUCUUGGUUUUUCUUAUUUUGAUAAUCUGAAAUGCUCUCAAUUGCUAUUCAGU